ACACAAACGUGCUGUGCGGCCAAGACAUGAAUCCACACGAGAAACCCCCAUGGGUCCCACUAUUUUUCAGUUUCUCCAGUGUUAAUUCCUCCAAUUAAUUCCAAUUUCAGCUGAACUCGUACAACCGCUGAAACCACCAAAAAGAAAAGGAAAAUAAAAAAAUCUACCAUGUCAGCCGCGUUAGUGGCGGCGCUUUGAUACAUCACUCUAGAUAUUUUCACCGCACCGGAGAUAACUGGAAAGUUUCGAUUCCAAUUCGUAGUGAGGUGGAAGAGUGACGGCGAGAUUGCGAUCGAUGGCGCCACCUCACGACGACAAAGCGGCGGCCGAUUUCGCCGAAGACUCUACUCAUAAGCGUCCAAUCUCCAAUAUUCUCUUUAUAAUCGCUAUGCAAACCGAAGCGUUGCCGCUAGUGAAUAAGUUUCAGCUUGCUGAGGAGCCUGACUCUGUGUUUCCAAAGGGGGUUCCAUGGGUGAGGUACAGCGGUAAAUAUAAACAUUUGCACAUCAAUAUUGUGUGUCCAGGCAAAGACGCAACAUUGGGGGUUGAUUGUGUGGGCACAGUGUCGGCAUCUCUUCUGGCUUAUGCUUCUGUUCAAGCUUUACAGCCAGACCUGAUCAUAAAUGCAGGAACUGCUGGAGGAUUCAAGGCAAAAGGUGCUUCAAUAGGCGAUGUAUUUCUUGCAUCAGAUGUUGCCUUUCACGACAGAAGAAUUCCUAUCCCUGUAUUUGACCUAUUUGGUGUUGGCUCUCGUAAAACCUUAUCCACACCUAAUCUCGCGAAGGAGCUGAACUUAAAGGUUGGAAAAUUAUCUACUGGCGAUUCUUUAGAUAUGUGCCCGCAGGAUGAAGCAGCAAUUCUUGCAAAUGAUGCAACUGUCAAAGACAUGGAGGGAGCAGCUAUUGCUUACGUGGCACAUCUCUUGAACGUGCCCGUAAUAUUUUUGAAAGCUGUGACGGAUGUUGUUGACGGCGACAAGCCAACCGCUGAGGAGUUUCUGCAAAAUUUGAACGCAGUCGCCAUUGCGCUGGAUCUGGCAGCGACCAAAGUAGUUGAUUUUAUCAAUGGAAAGAGCUGCUCAGAACUGUGAUCCUUCUUAUUUUGGGGCCAUAUCAUUUAAGAAUAAACCACUAAUACACCAAACUUAUGUUUGUCAUUGUUCCAUUAUUUCAGUACUUUGAUUAUAUUUACGAAGAGACGUGAGGUUGUUUUUGCUCA